AUGAAUUGUUCAAAAGCUUUCAGAGACUGCUCUUUGUGCUCACAUCUGGACGAAGUAAGCAAUAGAAGACCCGUCUUUGCUAAGGAUCAGGAAAUCAUCAGAGAUGCAUUUAUUAAGGACACAGACAAAGAUACUGCAUGUCAAUCAUGCUCAGUGAACAAAGGAACUCCUAUGCCAGUUAUUGGAAUACCCUCAGUCGGACUGACGUGCUAUGCUAGUUGUAUUCUUCAGGACUCCUUUAUUGACCUUUUAUUGGGUAUUUUGACUAGCGAUACUGCAUCAGAUGAGAUGAGAUAUAAUAUAUCACAGUUGCUUGUAUUCUGUCAUUCCAUAGAUGGAACUUUUGAUCCAAAUAAUCAAAAUGACUGUCUUUCUUUUCUUCAUGUGUUACUGGACGUCCUAAGUAAGGAUGAAAAUAUACAAGGAAAUGUUAAUCACUUUUUCAUUGAUGUUGUGGAUGAAAUAGAAUGCAGGGAUUGUAUGACUAAACAAGAGAUUGGUGAACAAAGGGUUCUUGGUGUAAAUUCUCUUACAGAUAUAUCUGAGAAAGUUAACAUGGAUAAUCUGUACGGAGAAGAAUUGUUUGAAAAUGGAGAAUUGGAAUGUUAUGGCUGUAGAAAAAGUAGAAAACUUGUCAAAACUUCAAGAUUGGCCAAUUGUCCGGCGUUGCUGAUGUUUCAGAUACAACGAAUUUUGGAUAAUGGUGAUGGUUUUGUCAAAAGAAAUUGCGAAAUAAAAUUCAGCCCAAGGCUUCAGUUGGAAACUGAAAGGGAAGGAAGAGUUUAUGAAAUGCCCAAAUAUGAACUGUUUGCAGUAGUGUACCACAGCGGUGAUUUAGAGGGAGGACAUUACUAUUCAGCAGUGAAAUAUGACAAUGACUGGUAUAUUUGUGACAACGACCACAUCUGGAAGUGUUUUGAAGAAAAAGAAAUUUUAAAAUUUAGAGAUGUGUAUCUUCUCUUUUAUGAACGUAAAUAGCAUAUUACUUGUCAAUAAGUAUUCAAUUGAUUAAAAUAUCGUUUUUGUUGAAAUUGAGGUCUUAUUAUGUAA